AGAAUUAAAAUAUAUGAACAUGGUUUUAAAUGAAAACUUAAGAUUUUAUCCACCGGUUCAUCAAUUACCACAAAGAGAAAAUACAGAGAUUAUAAAAUUUCGAAAUCAUACAUUUGUGCCAAAAACACCCAUAUCAAUAAAUGUUUAUGGAAUUCAUCAUUCAGCAAAAUAUUGGAAGAAUCCUGAAGAGUUUAUUCCUGAAAGAUUUGAGAAUGAACAUGAUGAAAAACGCGAUUUAUAUACUUGGUUAUCUUUUGGUGGUGGUUCUAGAACAUGUUUAGGUAAUAAUUUUUCACUUAUUGAACAAAGAGUGAUGUUGUGUACUUUAUUGAGAAAAUAUGAGGUGUCUUUACCAGAUGAUAGUAUUCAUAAAGAUCAACUACAUUUUAAUAAAUUUAAUG